AAUGUUUACCUUAUUCUUCGCAAUCUUGUGUGUCAUCUCAAUCCUUCUUCGCAACUGUUUGUGCUAGCAAAGACAUAUAUAAAGCCGAUCCUGGCCGAUCUGAUCUCAGUUCUCAAAAUGUUGCGACCAGUGCAUUUGAUCUUACUUGUCUCAAUGAUGGUUUUGGUAUCCUGUUUGGAGGAGCCUUUAAAACCUGCUACUAUGGAGGUUGAAUCUUCUUUGAAUAAUGUCAAGGACUUGAAUGCUGAUGCAACUGCUUAUGACUCUGAUAGACAGCAUUAUGGACAUGGAUGGAAUGGUGGUGGUGGCGGUGGACACGGAGGUGGUGGCGGUGGACACGGAGGUGGUGGAAAUGGACAUGGAGGUGGUUGGGGUGGACAUGGAGGUGGUUGGGAAGGAAGGGGCGGUUGAUGAUGAUGCAAACAGAAAGAACAGUAUCCAGUAAAACAUUACUGAAAUAUCAAAUUAUUGUAACAUUUGUCACUUCGCUUUUUCCAUGAUUAUAAUUUCCACAAUAUCUAAUCCUUUAAAAAAUAAAUGUUAUUUCCAAUA